CUUGCUUUAAGCUUUUGUGUCUCAAAAUUCCCGAAGUCUAAAAGCAAAACAAGAAGAAGAAGGAAACUUUUUUUCCUACGGUCUUGUUAGAUCGGAAUUUUUGGGCAUCUGAGCUGGAGUGGAUAAAGAGGAUGGCGAUGGACGCAGGCGAUUGGAGGAUUCAGCUGGAACUAGAUACUCGACAGAGGAUUGUUAACAAUAUGUAAUUUUGCUUGCCUAUUACUGAGUUUUAUAAUCACCACUCAUGUCCCUUUUUCUCUUGCGGUAAUUUGAUAAGAAUGGAGAUCCUGAAGAGGCCUCUUCCGUUCUCUGGACAAGAGGGACUACAAGAACUUAAGAAAAUUGCAGUAAGGUUUGAGGAAAAGAUUUAUACUGCUGCCACAAGCCAGUCGGAUUAUCUGAGAAAAAUAUCUCUUAAGAUGCUGACAAUGGAGCCAAAACCCCAAAACCCCAUGGGCAAUUCCCUGCAGUCCAACUAUGCCAGUAAUUGUGAAAUUACCGCAGUUCCAGCUAGUAACAUUGGAGAUUCAUCCCUCACAACUCUUACUGCUGCAACUAACAAGGCAACCGAUGACGAUGGAUCGGAUCUUGAUUUGAAUCUAAAGCUUUAGUUUUUCUUUUUCAAAUCUAUUAUGUGCUUGAUGUGUUAUGUAUAAGAAAGUUAAUCUCCACAUUUUCUUGAAUGAAUUUCGGAUUUCACAUUAUUAUCUAAAUCUUGUUUGUUUGUUGGAUCUUAUACUGUUUCGUUUUUGUUUCAUAGAUGUUUGCUCUAAUUCAAAAUUUCAAGUAUGGUCUUGUUGAAUUCAUGUGAGACCAUACAAAG